AUGGGUCAGUCCUCCAUGAUCGGUGCAGCUCUCCUUGCUAAACACAGAGAGCAGCAGAGGGUUCAACCGCCGGCUAACAGCUACUACCAUGGCGUCUACGGAGAUAGCGAGACAGGCGGGUGAAGGUGCACGUGCUGUCCCCCUGGCCGGCCAUGUUGGCUUUGACAGCAUGCCUGACCAGCUGGUCAAUAAGUCUGUCAACCACGGAUUUUGUUUUAACAUCCUCUGUGUCGGCGAGACGGGUCUGGGGAAGUCCACCCUGAUGGACACACUGUUCAACACCAAGUUCGAGGGUGAGCCCACCCAGCACAGCCAGCCGGGAGUCACGCUCAAGUCCAACACCUAUGAACUUCAGGAGAGCAACGUGCGCCUCAAACUCACCGUCGUUAACACCGUGGGCUUCGGGGACCAGAUAAACAAAGAAGACAGUUACAAGCCUAUCGUGGAGUUCAUUGACGCCCAGUUUGAGGCAUAUCUACAGGAGGAGCUGAAGAUUAAACGCACGCUACACAGCUACCACGACACCCGCAUCCACGCAUGUCUCUACUUCAUCGCCCCCACGGGACACUCGCUCAAAUCUCUGGAUUUGGUGACCAUGAAGAAACUUGAUAGCAAGGUCAAUAUUGUUCCAAUCGUUGCCAAAUCAGACGCCAUCUCCAAGAGCGAGCUGGCCAAGUUCAAAAUCAAAAUCACCAGUGAGCUGGUCAGCAACGGAGUACAGAUCUACCAGUUCCCCACUGAUGAUGAGUCUGUCGCCGAGAUCAACUCCACCAUGAACAGCCAUUUGCCAUUCGCUGUCGUGGGGAGCACAGAGGAAGUGAAGAUUGGGAACAAGAUGGUGAAGGCCAGGCAGUACCCCUGGGGGACAGUGCAGGUUGAAAAUGAGAAUCACUGUGACUUCGUCAAACUGCGAGAAAUGCUAAUCAGAGUGAACAUGGAAGACCUGCGAGAGCAGACCCACACGCGUCACUACGAGCUCUACCGUCGCUGCAAACUAGAGGAGAUGGGCUUUAAGGACACAGAUCCUGACAGCAAGCCCUUCAGUCUUCAGGAGACUUAUGAGGCAAAGAGGAACGAGUUCAUGGGCGAGCUGCAGAAGAAAGAAGAAGAGAUGAGACAAAUGUUCGUCCAAAGAGUCAAAGAGAAAGAGGCUGAGCUCAAAGAAGCAGAGAAAGAGCUGCAUGAGAAGUUUGACCGCUUGAAGAAGCUUCACCAGGACGAGAAAAAGAAGCUUGAGGACAAGAAGAAGUCCCUGGACGACGAGCUGAACAUGUUCAAACAGAAAAAGACUGCUGCAGAGCUCUUGCAGAACCAGGCGCAGCAGGCAGGAGGCUCCACCACGCUCAAGAGGGACAAAGAGAGGAAAAACUGAUGUGACGCGGUGCCUGUUAGAAAAGGAAGAAGACACUUGCACUGAGAAGCUUAGGGUUCCUGUAGAAAAAAAGUGCUCCUUGUGGCCAUCCAGCUGUGAAUGAGUUUCAACCCAUCAUCCUUUUUUUUUUAUAGUACCCCUUCCCCACCUCACCCUCACCCAACCCCCAUAAUUCAACCCUCCAUACGCCCUCCACCCUGCUCUCUGGAAGACGCGGGGCUAGCAGUUUGACUUUUUUUUUUCUUAUGCUGAAUAAUUCUCGUCCUCUUGAUGGUUUUUACAAGCAAUUAUUCAGCUUAGCUCUUUGUAGACAUUUCCUCAAUAUGCAUUCCAUAUUUGUUUAAUAUUCAAUGAUUCUUUGCAUGACAGAGUGAGCCUUUUGUUGAUAUUAACAUACAUGACCACUGUUGGGAUGGGCAGAAAUGUACCAUGGGUAAAGUGAAGCAUGCAUCAAACCCCGGGGCAGUGUGUUUAUAUCUGCAGAUCUGCAGUACAUUAAAGAAUGGAAACAGAUGUGGAUUGAUUUAGAACCAUGUUUAGUGAGUGACGCACAAAUCCGCUCCAGAUUCAAAUCAAAGUGUCUUAAGGCAUUCUUAUUCUCAGCUUUAGGAGCUCCAUGUGACAGCAGUCUGCUUGAGAACAAUUAUCAACAUGCUGGUUGGUAUCUGGUGAUUGGCCUUGGCUGGAGUUAGUUGGUUUAAAGUUAUAGCUUUCUACAGAAGGUUUUAAUCAUGAUGGGUUUGGUGACAGCACAGUUUUGGUUGUAACAGGAAGUGUGGUUCAAAUUAAACAGGUCUCAUGUUAAUUAGUGAUUGCUGCAGUAUGUCAGAAUGAAACUAUCAGUGGGUUUUUUUUUUUAUGUAGAUGAGCCUUUGAUCAACAAUGUGUUUUGAGAAUAGGUUAUAUUUUGUGUAGCCACCUUGUUUACCCGUUAAACCUUGACCUGUAAAAGAGGUUAAACGAGUAGAAGUGUCAGUAUGUUGACAGCUGUGAUACAGCUCUAGAGUUAGUGGAAGCAGAAACACAUCUUAGUGGAUCACAUUUAUGCAAAUUGACGAGUCCAGGUCGGUCUGUAAACGUACAAUAUAGUAACAACAAAUAGUAGCAGAAAUAUAAUGACAUUUACUGAAUGUAAAUGCACUUUUAAGGGUUAUGCAGAAAGGAUGCAACGUGACAAAACCCAGACAGUAGGGGGAGAACAGGGUUGGUUGUCACACUUUUUACGGUUUUGAUGAUUGUUCAUCAUCAAAACAUCUUUCAAUAGUCAUUCCUACAUUAAAUUGAAGCUUAAUGUGUUGGCUUGAAAUGUGUAUCCCUCUCAUUUUCCAUCUCAUUGUAACAAAGAGGCAAUUAACUAUCAAAGACACUCUGACACAUUGUGACAACCAACCCCAUCACGGGGAUGGUUGUCACACACUAUGGGUUGGUUGUCACAAUGGUAUUUUAAUGGGAAAUAUUUUUAAAAGGCAAGAAGGCAGAACUAAAUUUGAAGGUUAAUUGUACUGACAAGUGAUCAGCCUACAUAAAAUGAGCAAGGAACAUGAACAGGAAACACAUCUUUAGGCCAGCCUAUAUAACAACAUAAAGAACAAAACAAAUAGGCCGAACAAUAAUGGCCUACUCACCUAGGCUACAUGCAGUCACUGUCUGAGUUACAGUGAUGGCAAAUGUAGGGUCUGAGCACUCCAACUAAUUUCUCCAUGCAUGAUUUUGACAAUAUAGGGGUUGGUUGUUACAUGUAACAACCAACCCCAAAGAGAAUGUGACGACCAACCCCAACUGGAUUUUUGCUAGCAUCAAGGCUAACAAUCAUCUAACAAGUAGUUAGCUAGCUAAUACAAAUCUAAACUAUAGCUUUCCUCUCACACUUUGUAAGGGUAACACUUGUUUUGUUAUAAACCCAUCGGUUUAAAGCCUAGAAGAAAAAUACUGAGGAGCUGAAUAUUUACAAUUGACAUGAAAAACACAAAAAGUCCUCUCCCUUCAAGUUCAGCUGUCUUACUCCAGAGAAGACAAUGUAGGUGAGCUCUGAUUCCUAAUUCUGGAAAUGUCCCAUACCCCAAUUUCAGAAGAAAGUGCCCCCUAGUGGCGAGAUAUAACAAGUGUACCAACCAACCCUUGUGACAACCGACCCUGUUCUCCCCUAUGUCACAAUGAGAAUUAUAUUUCAUGGAUUUCUAUAGUUGUACGACUUAGACUUAAUAUUUCUGCAGCUACAUUUACUUCAUGACUGAAUUUGUACGUACGUUGAAGUCCCCCAGGUGAUGCUGCUUCACUUUAGCCUGAGCAUGAGCAGUUGUGAGCCUCCUCUCUUUACCACUUCUCUCAUACCUCAUUCAUUGUCAUGUGUUGUGUGCCAACUUUUCCUAUAGCUUUCACAUUUGCACUUUUUUUAUAUGAACAAAUGUGAUGUUUCUCAUCGAGUAUAUUAAUAUUGUUGUCAGUGCAAUUGUAUCUUUCUUUUUCUGUUUUACUUACAAUGAUGAAGGCACAUUUGAAAAUCAAUCACCUUGAUGUCUGUUGUCCUGCAGGGACAAGUAUUGGUUGUGUCAGUGUUAUCACAAAAAUAUUACAAUAUCUCAAAAGAAAAUAAAGGCCAAUUUUUCACCAAA